UGCACGUGACACGCAGAGGUAGGCGAGGGGACCGCGCCAACCUGAGGCGGCUAGGCGCACGCCUCUCUUUCUGUGCGGUUAGGGGAUGGCUCCCAUCUCCUCCCCACGGUGAGGUGAAAUAAGCUGGCCGUGUUCCGUCGCCCGCCGGAGCAGCCCCGGGGAAGUCCGGUCGGAGUCGCCCUAACGGGCCGUGGGGCGGGUAUGCCACACUUCAGUUUGAGCGGGGGUCCCGAGACUAAAGGGUGAAAAUAAGCGAGCCCCCCACUCCCCGCCUCCGUAAAGCGUCCAUCCCGCUAGCCAUGAGCAGCCGCGACCACCUGUUCAAAGUGUUGGUGGUGGGGGACGCCGCGGUGGGCAAGACGUCCCUGGUGCAGCGAUAUUCCCAGGACAGCUUCAGCAAACACUACAAGUCCACGGUGGGAGUGGACUUUGCUCUGAAGGUUCUCCAGUGGUCUGACUCAGAGAUGGUGCGCCUCCAGCUGUGGGAUAUUGCAGGGCAGGAGCGCUUCACCUCUAUGACCCGACUUUACUAUCGGGAUGCCUCUGCCUGUGUUAUUAUGUUUGAUGUUACCAAUGCCACUACCUUCAGAAACAGCCAGAAAUGGAAGCAAGACUUGGACAGCAAGCUCACACUGCCCAAUGGAGAGCCGGUGCCCUGCCUGCUCUUAGCCAACAAGUGUGAUCUAUCCCCCUGGGCAGUGAGCCGAGACCAGGUUGACCGGUUCAGUAAAGAGCAUGGUUUCACAGGUUGGACAGAAACCUCAGUCAAGGAGAACAAAAAUAUUAAUGAGGCCAUGAGAGUCCUCAUUGAAAAGAUGAUGAGCAAUUCCAGAGAAGAUAUGUCUUUGUCCACUCAGGGGAACUACAUCAACCUGCAAACCAAGCCCUCCUCCAGCUGGGCCUGCUGCUAGUAGCAUUUGGCUUGUUUUCCCUCUCAGCUCCAGGAAGUCUUUCUCUUCCCUUUGGUUGCCCACCCAACAGUUUUACUAAGUACAUUUGACCUGUCUGCUGGUGACUGUCUGGUAAGGAGAGCCAUCAUCACUAAGAAGAGAUGCGUGGGACCCAUCGGCAUUUCUGCCUCUUGCUUGCUGCUGGCUUAGAGAGACCAGUCAGUGUCUUCUGUCCAAACAAGAUCAUCUCAUCCCUCAGUUUGUGAUCUGGGAUUGAUUUUGUGGGAAGGAUUAGAAAUUAGCAUCUGUGUUUCAAGAAGCAUAAUUCUCACCUGCUUUUGAGUGUAUUUUUCCAUUCAAUGUAUAUUGAUAUCCCAGUCUGAUAGGACUUCAGUUACAAGGAAAGUGAGAUCAAAGCUCAUUUCCCAAAUUCCUUGUUGGCCAUUGCUUUCAGAUUCUUUCUGUUUUGCCUUCGAAUUAAACAUCUGAUUCCGAGAUGCAGGAGGAGUGGGGCCAGAUAAUAUGGGUUUAGGGCUACUGGAGGCCCUAAACGAAAAGUCACUGUAUUUUUUUUUAAGAUUCUAAAGUUGUAUUAGCUUUCUCUUGUCUUGGCUCUAAAAAUAGCCAAGCUUUUAAAUGAACUCUUUGGUGAGAGCAUUUCUUUCUCCAAAGAAAUUGAUUCUCACAUUAAUGUUUUCUAGUGUCUUUUUCCCAGUGGACUGGGGACCAGGUUUGCAGGUUUCUGGGUUGAUGUCUUGCUGCAUAAUGCUGCAAGUGACAUCAGUUGGCUAUGGUGCCCUAAAAUAGGUCUGUUCCUCAAAGCUCUGGGAGUCUGAGUGGAAAAAGAGGGAGAGGUUAACAGAACAAAAUCCUGUGGGGCAACUUGCUUAUGAGCACUUUUGUGGCUAGCACUUAACAGCCAUAGGAAAUAAAUAUUAUGCAUAGAACUUUGCCUAGAGGUGGAAAGUAGACAGACAGAAAAUCAUUAGGUAAUUUAAGUGCUAAAUUGGGUAGAGUUUUUAGUAUCCAAUCACUUCUAGACAGUCUAAUUUGUUAAAUUCUCACAGGAUGGUGAUUUAUAACCUACCUAGAGUUAUGAAUAUUCUUAGUGAGCUCAGACUUAGAGCUCUGUGAGAGACAUUAGCUAAAUAAGUGUUCUAAGUCUGUGGUCCCCACAUCUGAUCAAAACCACCUGGAAAGUUUGUUUAAAGAUUUUAAAAUAAAAUGUUUUAAGAUCAGUUUCCCAAUCUGACCUACUAAAUCAAAAUGUCCAGGAGUGAAACCUGGGGAUUCACUGUUGUUAUUUUCAAAACUUCCCAGGCAAUUCUGAUCAGGCCAGUUUGGAAACCACAGCUGGAGAAUGUGGUAAAAAUGCAGAGAUCCAGGCCUUCCCAAUGAAAUGUCCCUGGGCUUCUGUAGGCUCCGUUAGUUCUCUAGGUGAUUUUGACACACACCAGACUGGGGCUUCCCAGGUGGCACUAGAGGUAAAGAACCCGCCUGCCAGUGCACUAGACAUAAGAGAUGAGGGUUGGAUCCCUGGGUCAGGAAGAACCCCUAGAGGAGAAAAUGACAACCCACUCCAGUAUUCUUGCCUAGAGAAUCUCAUGGACGAGGAACCUGAUGGGCUACAGUCCAUAGGGUUGCACAGUCUGACAUGACUGAAGUGACUUAGCACGCAUGCGUGCAGACUGAAAACCACUCUCCUAAGAAAUCAGAAGCCAGAUAUCAGAGCCUUUGAUGGUUUGUUUUUAAUGCCAGUUGUUAUAAAUUUUGCACAGUCUUUUUAGACCUUCAAGUUCUCUUUUGUAUUUCCCAUUCCAGAUAGAGUUUUUAUUACAAUGAUUCUGAAAGUAACAGUGGAAGAACAAGUUCUCUGUGAAAAGAAAAUUGAUUUUUAUUCACUGAUUUGAACCCCUGCACAAUCACAAAUAAAUGGGAAAUAAGUGUUGUAUUCAUGGUAGUUAUUGACCUUCAAUAUGAGUUUGUUUAAGUGUUAUUUUAUACUGAUAAGAGUAUUCUGGAAAUGGAGACUUUUUAAAAUACCUUCUUUAAAAUGAAGGUAAGUGUUAUUCUGUUCAUCUGUUAAUUUACUAGUACCAGUUGCCUUGUUCCAAUUCAGUGAUGUAACUUCUCAAAUACUGCUUGGAAAUGUGACCAUUUAAAAAAAAAAUUGAAUAUGUUUUCUUUUCCCACUUGCUGACUCAGGAUAUUUCUGCCUUUUCAAGCAUUGCUAGAAGCUGGCCUACCAGCCCUUCUGGAUUUUCUCUCCCAACUGGUGAACAUUAUGGCCCUGAAACCAAUUAAGAAGAAAGUGAAAUAUAAUUCCUCUCCAUAUCCCUAUCUGUAAAGAAAAGAGAAAGAAAAAGAUAAGGAAGAAAAAAUAUUUACAUGAUCAGAAAUGUGAUUAUAUUAAAAAUAAUUAGAUCUUA